AUGGGGUGGCUGAGAAGACACAAGACGGUGUGGAGUAAUCCUCAAAUGCCGCCCCUCGCCGGAGCUGUUUGGCCGCCGGACCGACUCGGCGUCGCGCGGAAGCGGAAGGAGAAGGAGAAGGCGGCGGAGAAGGAGGGCGAGGGCGUCUCGUCUCGUCUCGUCUCGUCUAGGAUCCUCCUGUGCCGAAACCUAGUCAAUGGGACCUAUGGAACGAGAGGACGGCCACCGCUACAGAAACUGCAUCUCGCUUCCCGGAGCAUCCAUCAUUCCCGCCAUCCAGUUUCCAAGUUUCGGAGGCUUCCAUUGCAGGCAUCCACGCCCCAGUUCUCUACUCUCAGUCGCCUUCCUGGGUGUAAAGCCAGACUUGUUGUAAAGUAUGGAUACCAACCUCGCCGGCACUUUUGGCUAGCCAGAGUGGCGUCAAGGCUUCUAAGGCUUCGGUACAUCCUCCUCGGAUCUGCGGUGGGCGGAGGCUACACAGCCAAAAAGACGUAUGACCAGUGGAAGGAGGUGCUUCCCGAUCUCAGCGAGUACAAGUGGAUUGUGCCUGACUUCAUCUGGGAACUGGACGAGUACAUAGACUUUGAAAAACUUACAAAAGCUCUUCCUGAUUCAGAGGACCUGGCCAAGCUGAUGCCGGACUUUGAGAAGAUUGGAGAGAGUGUCAGGUCACUGGCUGGUUUAUUCACACCUGGUUACAAUUUGGUUAGUGAAGUCAUAGGAGCUUCUGAUCUACUUCUCUUGUUGGGUUCUCCAGGGGACACGGCGUUCCGAGCCACCGAUCAGGGAAGCAAUAACGAAAAGCAGUUCAAGAAGGGUCUUCUUGGAGAGCUCAUUCUCUUGCAGCAGCAAAUUGAGCAGCACGAAGCGGAGGAGGAGGCGGCGCGCCGAGCCACUGACCCGUCUGGCCCAGGCUCCUCCCAGAAGAGAGAAAAGGUUUCCGACAAAGAAAAGAUUGAUCAGCUUCAAGAGGAACUUUUACGCACUCAGUUGAAGUAUCAACGGGUGCUUGAGCGUUUGGAGAAGGAGAAUAAAGAGCUGCGAAAGAUUGUGUUGCAGAAGGAUGACAAAGGCAUUCAUCAGAGGAAACUCAAGAAGUCUCUGAUCGAUAUGUACUCUGAAGUCCUGGAUACUUUGUCUGAUUACGAUGCCAGUUACAACACCCAUGAUCAUUUGCCUCGGGUUGUCGUGGUUGGAGAUCAGAGUGCUGGGAAAACCAGCGUGCUCGAGAUGAUCGCGCAGGCCCGGAUCUUUCCUCGCGGCUCUGGAGAAAUGAUGACUCGUUCACCUGUUAAGGUUACCCUCAGCGAAGGCCCUCACCACGUAGCCAUGUUCAAGGAUAGUUCUCGAGAGUUUGACCUGACCAAGGAGGAAGAUCUGGCGGCCUUGAGGAACGAGAUUGAGAUCAGGAUGAGGAAGAGCGUUCGCGAAGGCUGCACCGUCAGCAGCGAGACCAUCUCCCUCAGCGUGAAAGGGCCAGGCCUGCAAAGGAUGGUGCUGGUGGACUUGCCCGGGGUCAUCAGUACGGUGACCUCGGGGAUGGCUCCCGACACAAAGGACACCAUCUUCAGCAUGAGCAAAGCUUAUAUGCAGAACCCAAACGCCAUCAUCCUUUGCAUCCAAGAUGGGUCGGUGGAUGCUGAGCGCAGCAUCGUGACUGACCUGGUCAGCCAAAUGGACCCUCAGGGCAAGAGGACAAUCUUUGUCUUGACGAAAGUGGACCUUGCCGAGAAGAACCUGGCCAGCCCAAGCCGGAUUCAGCAAAUAAUUGAAGGCAAACUGUUCCCAAUGAAAGCUCUCGGCUAUUUUGCAGUUGUUACAGGAAAAGGAAAUAGCUCUGAAAGUAUUGAAUCUAUUAGAGAGUAUGAAGAGGAAUUUUUCCAAAGCUCCAAACUGCUGAAGAACUGCAUGCUGAAGGCCCACCAGGUGACUACGCGGAACCUGAGCCUUGCCGUCUCAGACUGUUUUUGGAAAAUGGUGCGAGAGUCGGUGGAGCAGCAAGCCGAUGCUUUCAAAGCAACCCGUUUUAACCUAGAGACUGAAUGGAAGAACAACUUCCCCCGCUUGCGAGAACUGGACCGGAAUGAACUCUUCGAAAAGGCAAAGAACGAAAUUCUUGAUGAAGUCAUAAGCUUGAGCCAGGUGACGCCAAAGCACUGGGAGGACAUCCUCCAGAAGUCCUUGUGGGAGAGGGUCUCAACGCACGUGAUAGAGAACAUCUACCUCCCAGCGGCGCAGACGAUGAACGCAGGGACGUUCAACACCACCGUGGACAUCAAGCUGAAGCAGUGGACGGACAAGCAGCUCCCCAACAAAGCUGUGGAGGUUGCCUGGGAGACCCUUCAAGAAGAAUUUGCCCGCUUCAUGACAGAAGAGAAAGGCAAAGAGCACGAUGACAUCUUUGAUAAACUGAAGCAGGCGGUGAAGGAGGAGAGCAUCAAGAGGCACAAGUGGAACGAGAGGGCCGAAGACAGCCUGAGAGUCAUCCAGCACAACGCCCUGGAGGAUCGCUCCAUCUCGGACAAGCCACAGUGGGAUGCGGCCAUUCAGUUCAUGGAGGAAACGCUUCAGAGCCGCCUGAAAGACACUGAAUCCGUCAUCGAAGACAUGGUGGGCCCGGACUGGAAGAAAAGGUGGCUCUACUGGCUGGCAUGCACCAAAGAGCAGAGUGUCCGAAAUGAAACAAAAAAUGAACUUGAGAAGAUGAUAAAGUGCAACGAAGACCACCCGGCUUACCUUGCGAACGAUGAGGUCACAACUGUCCGGAAGAACCUCGAAGCCCGAGGAGUCGCCGUUGAUCCGUGCUUGAUUAAAGACACCUGGCACCAGGUUUACCGGCGGCAUUUCUUGAAGAAGGCCUUAGGCCACUGCAAUCUCUGCCGGAGAGGCUUUUAUUACUACCAGAGGCAUUUUGUGGACUCCGAGCUGGAAUGCAACGACGUCGUCCUCUUCUGGCGGAUUCAGCGGAUGCUGGCCAUCACCGCCAACACUUUGAGGCAGCAGCUGACCAACACGGAAGUGAGGCGCCUGGAGAAGAAUGUAAAAGAAGUGCUGGAAGAUUUUGCUGAGGACCCCGAGAAGAAAACCAAGUUGCUAACGGGGAAAAGAGUCCAGCUGGCAGAGGACCUGAAAAAAGUGCGGGAGAUCCAGGAAAAACUUGAAGCCUUCAUAGAGGCCCUGCAUCAAGAAGAGAAGUAGAUGGUUCACUCCCUCAGACCCUCUUCAGCCAUCCAAGCCCUGUUUAGGAACUCAUGGCGCUCAAACCUGACCAGAUGGGCCCCUUCCAGGUCCUCCUCUUCUCCCUGGGGCACUUUUCAAGGAUGUCUUCAAACGUCGCCAAGGAACUACAGUCACCAGCAACACCACGAAGGCAUGGCUGUCACCUGGUGGCUGAAGAAGAGGAAGACAUGUCAAAGAAAGGGAUGAGUUGGGAUGGAUCCCAUUUUGGCCAGCGGUUCUGUUCCUCAAGGAGAGAGGAGGAGAAGCAGAGAAAGGGAGUUUUCUGGCCCGGGGAGGCAAAGCGUCCCUGGGCUCUUCAAAGGGGUUGUAGCUGCUCUUGAGGUUCAGUUGUGCAAAACCAAACUGAGCCCUGGAGAGCUUAAAAUAAAAAUUUUAGCGUUUGUACAUAUAUGGAUGACAUUUAAGCAAUGUAUGUUUGCACUUGCAGAGCGGUAGGUGUCCUGGUGUCCUACAGGUCUUAAGGUGUGCUUCUGACUACUCUAUGGAGACCAGGCCUGGGAAGCCCUGGAGAGGGGGAAGCCUGCCUGUGAGGAGGGGCCGUGGCUGGGGUGGGGGCUUCCAGUCAGGGUCCCCAGAGACGUCCAGAGGGACCUCUGGGUGGGCCUCCUGGGUUCCUCUCCUUCCGCCUAGUGAGGGACAGGGAGAGGGGUUGAGGUCAGCCACGUUUCCUUUCCUUUCCUUCCUUCUCACCCCUUCUUUUCCAUUUUUGUGGGUGCCUGGCAGGCCUUUCUGAACUGGCAGGGAUGAGGGCGGGGGUGACCGAUCAAGCAUGGUGCCGGAGCCUCUUAGAUUUGUUUUCUGGAGAGCCUGAAAGAACCCCUUCCUUGCAAAAGCCUUGUUCCUGCCUUGUCCGGUGUCCUGAUCAGUCGGGGGUCAGUCCACGGCUCAUGGUCCUCCUUACCCUGUUUCCUCCCAACGCCUCGUGGCCUUUGGCCUUUAUGCCACUGGGGAGGAAACAGCCUCGUCCCCAGCAGAUAAAAAGGCACAGAAGAUUGUGCAUCCUUGGAGGGCCUGUCAUGGGCCAGGCUUGGGGGAUUUGCCCAGGGGAAUUGUGUGUGGUGUGUGUGUGUGUGUGUGUGUGUUGAUUCUCUCUGUUGUCAAAAUAUGUCAUUCGUGACCAGUUUUACCCCUGAGUCCCAUGCCAGCUUGUGGGGUGUGUUGUGUCACAGCCACCCUGUCUUCCCCCCGCCCCAAAUAUGCUGCCUCUCUCCCCCCCCCACUACACCUCAGACUCUUGCCUCGGCUGCAGGGCUUGGAAGGUUGCAGGCAAGGGAGGGGGCCCGCCGGGGGCACCAGCCAGUUUAAAAGGGGCAUCCCAGUAGCUGUUUGAUGGGGCAGAGAUGGUUGGAAGGCUCUACUCUUGAGAAAACCACCAUGGCACCUUGUGGCAGGCAGCCAGCAUCGUAUCUUCUUCAGCCGGGGACUUUGAAGUUUGCAACCAGGUGCCCUCCGGGCCGAUGGGGUUUUUCAUCCUCUUAAUUUGUCCAUCUGGACAGACGAUUGUUGCCUAAGAGGGCUGAGAAGUUCCUGCUGAUGUUAAAAGUCACGCAGGAGAGUCUUAAGUGGGCCACCAGGCCUCGACUCACUGGCCCUGCCCGGGGUGGGGGUGGGGGGGGAGGGAGAAUGCUAUUAAGUCCCUGUCGGUGACAGACUCAGCCACCACAGAGGGUCUCCCUUGCUGGGCUAGCCUUCACUCCCCAUCUCCUCCUCCUCCUCCUCUUUGCUGUCUGGUGCACUUUGGAAUUGCCAGCCUCUGCUGCUGGUCUGAAACUUAGCAUGAUGUAUCCCCUUGAAAGGUAUUUAUUGAAUGCAGAUGUCAUUGAAGAAAAGCUGAAUAAACACACGUUUUGAACACGC